AUGAAUACCUCGAACACGAACACCACCCAGAAUACUGCCGCCACUGGAGGCAAUGGCGACAUGCUCGACAAGGGCGUCGACUUUGCUGAGCGUAGGGCUGGUCAUGAACAGAGCCACUCCACGACUGAGAAAAUCAGUGACGGCAUCAGGAAAGGCUUCCAGAAGGCGACUGGCAAAGAUGUUCCCAUCCAAGACAAGGACUACCGCUAA